AUGCGUAUCAUGUACAUGCGGGUAGCGAUUUUACUAACUCUAAUGCCUAUUAUGCAUGGCCAGCAAGGUAAGUAAACAUAACGAAGAAAUAUCCGCUUAGUGGAACCAACUACACAACCAGAAGCUCCUUCAUCGACUCCAGAAAUUGUAAAUCAGCCGGGCAAGCGCCGUCAGUACGUAGGAGCUCCUCUUCCCCCUCCUCCAGGAGAACUACUUGCUCCUGCUCCGCCUCCACCAGUUGGCCCCACUGGCCAAUGCCCUGGGGGUCCGUCUCUGCCAAUUGAAUGUGAUCCAAAACGACCCUGGCCUCAAUGCCCACCUCAAUCUUAUUGUUAUGCCACCAACAGUGUUGACAUUGGGCCCUACUUCUGUUGUCCAGUUUGUAAGUAAAAAAAAUAUUUGCGGUUAAAAUUAUAACGGUGACAUAACAUUACCUUGUCUACAGGGUCCACUUAUGGAGCCGCAUGGAGACCAGCCACCCCCUUCUUUGACUACGUCCCUCCUAAACCUUAUAAUUGGGGUCCAGGCCCCCCACCUCCACCUCCAGUUGGGUUUGCUGCCCCAGCCCUAGCUCCUCCACACCCAGCUCCAAUCCCUGCUGCCUAUCCAGCUCCAUUACCCGUCAAAUCAAAACGUACAAUCAAAGAGGAGGAUGAACAGUGA